AGCGACCGUCGUGGAGACUAGGGACGUCUGGUACAUGGACGACGGAGAACUGACGAAGGAGCUGUGCGAGGAGGUGCAGGAGAGCGAGAACAUGCAGCCGGAGAUCAUCCACGACUGUUUCGCUUGUGAUGAGGCCAAGUAUGAGGUUACCUUCGAGGGGUUGUGGUCGCGACACACGCACCCUAAGGACUUCCCGGACAACGAGUGGCUGACGCACUUUUCCGACAUCAUCGGCGCCUCACACUCGUCCAACUACCGCGUCUGGGAGUAUGGAGGUUACGCCUCGGAUGGCCUCAGGCAGGUGGCCGAGUGGGGCUCCACGCGCACCCUCGAGAGCGAACUCAAGACGAAGAGUGACCACAUCCGGACAAUCAUCAAGGCCCGCGGUCUCUGGUACCCAAACGUCAACGGUAAAACCUUCGCUGUUUUCCGCGUCGACAACAGACACCAUCUCAUGUCCUUGGUGUCAAUGUUGGGACCUUCACCUGACUGGAUUGUGGGAGUCUCGGCCCUGGAGCUCUGCCUGAGGAACGGGUCUUGGCUCAACGAGAAGACGCUCAACCUGUAUCCUUGGGACGCGGGCACGGAUUCAGGAGUGACGUAUGAGGCUGCAAACACGCCAACCAUCCCGAGGGAGAAGAUUCGUCGGAUUACCACCAGUUACCCGAACGACCCGAAUUCACCCUUCUACGACCCCAGUGGAAAGGAGAUGAAGCCUUUGGCACGAAUCACCAUCACCCGCCAGCGUGUCUACGAGAAAUCUUGCAGCGAUACCCACGGGCCUUAUGAAGAUUAUGACCUCAAUGACUUCGAGGAGAGCGAUGAAGAUGCUAACAGACCCGAGUGCCAGGUAACCGACUGGUCGCCCUUCUCCGAGUGCUCCGCCUCCUGUGGCAAAGGGCUGAGGAUGAGGACGAGGUCGUACUUGAUGCCCAUGAAAGCAGACAUGAUGGGAUGCAGGAGGCAGCUCGAGGAGAAGGAGAUGUGCCUGGCCAAGCAGCCCACAUGUCCUCAUGGCGGGUUCAUGCCGUAUUUUGAAGAGUUCUCCCCCCGGAUGUGCGCCACGUCCGAAUGGUCUCCGUGGACCUCCUGCCCGGUCACCUGCGGGAAGUCACAACGCAUGCGCAGUCGACGCUACGAGAAACAUAUGGACAGGAAGAAGUGUAAUAAGGAGCUAGUGGAGAAGGAACCGUGUAUGGCUGACAUCUUGGAAUGCGUGGAGCCAGAGGAGGAGAUCAGCCCCGAGUGCGCCGUGACGCAAUGGACCGACUGGUCUCCGUGCACGAGGACCUGCGGGGAAGGAACGAUGUCCCGCCAUCGCAUUCCUUUCGCCCCGAGCUUCGAGCAUUGCAACGUCCGCACCAAUGACGUCAAGAAGUGCAGCGAGCGUAUCAAUUGCACGAUUCACCCGUCGGAGAGAGAAGAGGUGUGCCUGCAGGAGAGAGAGGAAGGACCUUGUCGCGCCGUCCUGAAGCGAUUCUACUACGACGUGGACCACCAGCAGUGUCGCCAGUUCACGUACGGAGGCUGCAAGGGAAACAGGAAUAAUUUCGAGUCCUAUGACGAGUGUGCGCAGGCGUGCGAGUUCAAGCCUCGCCCGUCUCCCUUGCCUACCCAUCGCCCCACCAUCCCCACUCGGAACCGCGUGGCCAACGUCGAUUGCCAGGUCAGUCAGUGGAGCGAUUGGAGCGGCUGCUCUAAGACCUGCGGCAAGGGAUGGGUCACAAGGACAAGGGAGAUUCUGGUCUUCCCUCAGCACGAAGGCCGCCCGUGCCCCAAAAAACUCAGAAGAAGACGCAAGUGCCUCAACCCCAAGUGCAACGACGGCUACAACGGCCUCCAGAGCAUGAGUCUCCACCGCGAGGUCCCGCACGAGUCCUACCACGAGGCCCCCCGUCAGCCGGCCGAGGACAACCACAGCUACCAGGAGUCCUACCUGCCCUACCCGGAGACCAGUCACCACCGCCUGUACCCCGAGACCAACCCCGCCUACGCCGAGACCAGCCACCACCUCUACCCGGAGACCAACCAGGACUACCACGAGACGGAGCAGCCCUACCACGAGAACUACCACACCUACAGGGACGCCUACCGACCCCCCGUGCAGGAGCAAGGGCCAGACCACCCCUUCCCCACGACCUCCUCCUACUACCCCUACGAGUACAUGGCACCCUCGCUCUUCAACCCGCCCCCCCUCAACGCCGGCGUCGAGGACACCCACGAGGCGGUGGAUGACGGCGAAAAGGUCGACUGCGUAAUGGGCGAAUGGGGGCCGUGGUCACCUUGCACCCAUUCAUGCGGCUCCGAAGCGCUACAGCAACGUUCUCGCACCGUCAUCGCCGAGCCAAGGAACGGAGGGAAGGCGUGUGAAGAUCGCUUGCAACGCCGCUAUUGCACGCUGCCUCCAUGCCCCCACCCUAGGUAUGUAGAUUUCAGAGGCUGAGGGUGGAUCGGCAACUUGCAAGAGGGGAUUCAUCCACAUACUCAUCUGCAACUCUGAAGAAGAAAAGACUCACACACAAAAUAAAAUACUCAUCAUGAGUGAACUUGGAUGACCUAUGAUGGCUGUAGUUAAUGAGCUCGUUGUGUGAUUGAGAUUAGUGAUUAGGGAAGAGAAAAGGAGAAAACAGAGGAAUUCAAGAUUUGGGUUUUGCGGUCUUCUUCGCGAAAGGGAAUGGAGAUUUAAUUCAAAAACAUUACAUUAGCCAUAUUUAGGAAUCUUUUAAAGCUGAUACAUUAUGAAAAGGGAUAGUUUUUCUUUCUCUUAAUUUGCUGCUUCAUUUUGUUUACAAGAAUUUUGUGUCCAUGUACACUGUACUACAAAAUAUGAUGAUAGCCUUUUACUACAUAUUACACUAGCAUCAACAAAAAUUACAUUUCCAGGGAACCAACAAAAAAUCGUGAAUUGUGGCAUACAACAAUGACAAUAGAAUUGCACAACGAAAGACAUAAUCCUAUAGCAACUAAAUCACAAACAAUCUGACAUUUAUUUUUAAAAAUCAAAUCCAACAACAAAAACAAGAAACGCACUUUUAAUCCCGAAAU